AUGGCGCGGGAGCGGCCGCCCGGGCGGGGCUGCGGGGCCCUGCGGCGGUGCGUGCUCGGCGCCGCGCUGCUGCUCGGCCUGCGGCUGUGCGCGGAGCUGCGGCCCCCCCGCGCCCCGGCGCCCGCUCCCCGGCCGCCCCCGCCGCCGCCCCCGCCGCCCGCGCCCGGCCCGGCCCGCGGCGCCAGCAGGAGGCAGGUGACCUACGUGCGCAGCGGCCGCCGAGCGCCCACCGAGGCCGGCGGGAGCGGGACGCCGGAGCCGGGCUGCUGCGCCCCCCGCGGGCGCCCCCGCCGGAAGGGUCCCCGGUGGCAUAUAGAUCUCCAGCCGUGGGCAGGCCCUGCUCAGUCCCUGGAUGAAGAAGUCUUGAGGUUCCUGAGAUACAUCAGCACCCCCCAGAUUGCAUGCAAUCACAUGAGCACAGACAGCCUAGCUACUGACUCCAGCCCUGCAAAGAAGCCCUGGUCAGUCUGUCUUGAUGACAGGUUUGGCUUAGCUCAUCAAAUCCGAAACAAGCAAUGCCGCCUCUACUCUUUAGGGCUAGGGAGUGAGGAUACCCAAUUUGAGGUUAGCAUGGCCAACAGUGGAUGUGAAGUACAUCGUUUUGAUCCUAGUGUUAAGUCGGCUCAUAUUCUGGAGAGUCAGCGCCUGUGGUAUCACCGCUUGUCCAUCGACUGGCGGGACCCUCAUCCAGCUGUUGCUGCCCAAAAACCGCAUAGCAACACCAGAAAGCUGGGAACCAUCCUGAAUGAAUUUGGGCAUCACAAGAUUGAUGUUCUCAAAGCAGAUCUGGAAAGCGCAGAAUGGAAAGUUUUAGAAAAUCUCAUUCUGGAAGAUGUCCUUGAACAAAUUGGACAGCUCACCUUUGAGAUUCAUCUCCACUGGCCCGGGUUUGAGGUCAGUGGCGGUGACAGCAGUGUCGUGCGGUUCUGGUACAGCCUCCUCAAAGAAUUAGAACUAAAGGGUUUCAGACUUUUUCAUAGUUACAAAGAUUUAUCUAAACCCCAGCUCUUCCUGAAGAAAGACAUUUUCAACGCAAGUAGCUGUUAUACUCUGAGUUGGGUAAAUACAAGAUGGAACUAGGAUGCAGGACGUCAUCCAGACCUCAAGGAAACAAUUGGAGAAUAAGGCACGUCCGGCUUUCUAAUUAUCCCUGCACUUGUUCAGUCUCCCGCUAGCCUGUUACCAGCUCCAGGUGGGGACCGUGUUAUUGCCUUUGUAGUGCGAAUAGCCUGGCACCUGCCCCGUGGGAGGGGCCUAGUGAGCACUUGUGGAAGGGAUGGACGCAGGAGGGCCCCAGGAGCCAACCUCCAUCUGCCCGAAUCCCAGGCCUUCUGUUUGCCUCCGACACAGCGGGGAUGCUCGUCCUCCUUUGUUUAACUUGGAAGAUAACCCUCCCACUUACCUGUUUUCCCUAAAAUUCAGUAUGUAUCUAAAAUCCGUGAAAAAUUUCACCAACAUGAAAAAGAAAUUACAUCCAUUUUCCGUUUUUGCUGGGCUGAUGAGAGUCUUAAGUUUGUAGCUUACUGUUUAAAAUAGGACCUUCCCUUAGACUGUCACUCUCCUUGUCAAGGGUUUCCUUGUUCACCUGCUCAGUUCCAUUCUUUACGACCCUGUGGAUUUCAGACAUUCCUCCUUAGCCUUUGCUGAGGCCACGCUGUGGCUUCGCAAGCGCCCCUGAUUCUGGUUUCUGGGGACUUAGACAUACCAAAUUCUGUCACUGAGUUUAAAAGACUAGACUAUCAAGGACGUCAACUCAGAUUCUUUUCAGACCUACAUCCCCUUCUGUUCCUAGGAAACUAAGCACAGGCAAAUGUGGGUGUCUUCACUGGUGCCUCUUCUGACUUCAGACCUGGUUUCUCAACCACCGCCUUGCCUAUGCUGUCAAAUCUCUCUCUCUCUAAUACAUUAUGUCAAAGAUUAAGUGAAUUUUCCUCUGCGGCCAGUUGGCAUUUGUUCUAAGACCGCGGCCUGAGAGCCAAAGUCUGUCUCGUUCCUGGGAUGCUUACACUGUGUUUCAGUAAUGCCAAUCCUGUCUGCGUUUUUAAAAAUUAAACCCUAAAUGUAGGUUCUCGGUAGUUCAAAUGAUCUCCAUCAUUUUUAUUUACGGGAUUAGACAUUUACCCCCACAAAUGAUUUUCAAAAAUUCUAUUUCAAGUAAGUUAAUUAAAUAGCAUAAAAGCAAACCAAAUUGUUACCUUAUUAUACAUCAGGUAUAUUUUCUGGCAUUUUUUUUACAUCAUGGGAGAACAGGAAAACUAUAUAUACAUUGUUUGCUCAAGAGAUCUGGGGAGAGAGUACACCACUGAUUGCAACUGGACUUUAUUCCUUCUUCCCUUUUUUUAUUUCCUUCCAUCCCAGACAUUCCGAGUUGGCUUUUUGUUUCUUGCAGUGGUUUGAAAAUACCAAAAUUCCUCAAGUGAGAAACCAAAAUAAUAUUCGAGUUAGAUGAUCUUAACUAACUUCAGUUCAAAAGGGAACAAGACUUUCUGAAUUCUUAAAAAUAUGAAUGAGCUUUUUAUUUUAAAACUCACAGGACGCUAAUAAAAGUCAUUGAGGUGGGAGGACCAGCUUGAACAAGUGUGAUUUAAAGUAGCAGUUAAGUGGCUCUCCAUGUGCAUAGGUAUCUCAAAAGCACAAAGGGUCCACGAAAAACUCUGACGGGGUUUAAUGCUUAGUUUGCAUGGUGUCGCCUCCAAAACAAAGUUAACUUUAGCCCAGUUCCUGCUUGGAUUAUAUCGGUUUCUCUUCUUUAUUUUUUUAAUUAAAAUUUUAUACACCGAAGUAUGUACAAUAAGCCUUUUUAUACAUUAAACCUUCUUAUAUGGUUAAGUA